GCCGGGGGUUGCCGUUCCGGCGAUUGAGGGCCACGCGGGCGGGCCAAGUUCAGGCACCGCUAUCCGCUCCUCCACGUCCGUCCUUGACGCCUCGACGCCCUGACUCGACAAAACUACAUCUUGCGCCGCCCGAUGAGUCGCCCAAAGAGCUUUGCAGACGUCGUCGAUGCUGUGAGGAAGUCGUGGAAGGGUGCAGGGAACUCAACACCUUCGGCGCAACAAGUCGCCGCCCCGCAAUCGAGAUGGCAAACGGCGCCUUGGCUGGGCAACUCGUUCCCCACCCUCGAGGCAUCGCAGCUCGAGGUCCUCUGGCCUGAUGAGACGGACGCAGACACUCGGCGGUGUGUCGAAAAGGCACUCGAAGACAUGAAACUCAACUGGGAUCUCGAUCCACAGCUGCUCGGACAGCGAUCUGAUGCCUCGCAAGGGAGCGCCGCCAUCGUUGCCCUUCUCAGCCGCCUCACCGCCGCUGCAAAGAGCGAGGCAGGACAAGCAGCACGCAAGGAAGGUGAUGAGGCCACCACGAUAGCAGAGGCGAGCAGCGAGCAAAGUGCUGUCAAGACUGCGGCAGGCACCUCUGAUCCACGCCCGGCCAAGUCGUACGAACGUCACGACCUCCUCCGCGCCAUUGAACGCCAGGACACGACGACGAUCCUCGAAAUUCGCAACUUCAACUUCGACCUCCUCCUCGACUCGGCCCCUGGCUCUUCCUCCGCCGCCAGCCCUCAUGGCAUGUCCAAGUCGACGCUCAUGCAGACGCCACUGGGCUAUGCCAUCUCCCUAGGCCCCAAGUGGGAGUCGACGGCAAUCGUCCUCGUCGGCGCCAUGAGUAAAUUUGUCAACACGCUGCCAGAUCCAGUCGAUGACGGCACGACCGGUCGUCACCGCGUGCGCAACACCUUCGACCCGCGUACUCUCGCCCGUCUGCGCAAGCUGCGCACCAAUCUCAAGCUGGCCAUCGACUCUUCCCUCGCCACAGACCAGACUCGUCUGCUCUCAAGCUACAUUCAGGUCCUCUUCAUGAGUGAAGGCCUCGCCUUUAUCACCGACGCCAUCGACUCGCUGUGCUCCACGAUCCGCUCAAAACGUGGCGACCCAGUUGACGAGGCCACGCAGCUCGUCUUGCAGUUUGUCAAUGCCGGCCUGACGACUAGCCAGGGAACAAGUAAGCGACGCAGCGUCUCGUCGCGCAUCGCCUCGGUCCAAGACCUCAUCAACAACGCCGUCGGUGACCUGCUGCUCAUGGCUCUGUGGGAGCUCAUCAGGCCUCGGAACGACGACGACAACGAGGACUCACAGGCUCUUCCCGCCUACUUCUUUGCCCGAGACGAUCGAGUGACCACAGUAUUCCGUCAGCGUCUCGAUACUUUGGAGAGGCGCUCUAACGCUACGUCGACGAGCUACGAGUGGCGCCGAGCAUUGCAAGUCAAGGAGCAGAUAGAGGGCAAAGGGGCACGACGACUCGAAAGCAGCGAGAGACUCGAGGCGAUCAGCAACGUCCUCUGCGGGAGGUCGUGAGAACGUCGCGAGGAGCAGCGAGUAGCAACUUCAGGUGCGAUACGACAUCAACAACCACACCGCGCCUAGCGUAUCCGGCCGAGACACCACUUAGCGCUCGAGUGGUAUCGGCAAUCACUUCGAUCAUCAGAGCACCUCCGGCCUGAACUUACGUCGGGCGUGCGAUUAUGGCAUCACAAGGCGAAAUGGGCACAAGAUGAUGCGCACCGUGCACUGCCCAACGACAAAGCGUGGGAGCUCGCUCGGUGACACUGAGUUGUCUCGGGCCCCGAUCAAUCCAAUCGCCUCUCGCUAGGAGAGAAUGCGGUCGCCGUAAUUGUCCUUGUACCCACGCUUUAUCCUAUCGUGCUGUCUCAGCGAGAUUGGUCGCAGAGCUAGAGCCACUUUUAAGCUCUCGAAUAGCGCCACGCGGUCGAUGGUCGAGGCACUGACGGAGAGGGCAACGGCUGGCGACGCUAGCCAUAG